AUGGCUUCACAGCCUCCGGCGGGCCCUGGAUCGCCGCCGGCCCCUUCGGCCGGCCCUGAUCGAGGCUCCGGAACCCUUCCGGAGCCGUCCCCAACCUCAAGGGCUAAACGCCGCCGCGGUACCGAGGCCCAGCCAUCCCAGCCCAGCCUCGUGGGAAGCAAGCCUGACGCCUCUACGACAGCCCCCUUAACGGCUAAGGGGCCUACGACGAUAACUGGAACAGCUACUGGAGCUGUCCUUACAGCCCUGGAUGAGGAAGCGAAGCACUAUGAAGCCCGGAAGGACGUCUUUAUAGCUAUCGCCAAGUCUGUGGAUAAUGUGGUCUCCUGCUUUGAGGGGCCUAGGAAGCAGAUUGCAAAGGAGGCUACAGCCUAUGAGGACCUCCAGGUCUUUGCCCGCAUCCCUGAAGAGGGCCUAGGGGCUGCUAGGAAGCAUGCCCCUUUUACCCUACGCUGUACAGUCUGCCAGGCCCUAAGCCUCCAACUAGCAGAUAUCCCACAUAUCUACCACAUUGCAACUGGCUACUCGCUAAGACCCCUGAAUAAGCAGGUCCAGCAAACCCUGCUUGCAAACAGACAGAAACUAGCGGACAGCCUAGGAGCUUAUAAGGUUGAAACGCCUACUAAGUGGUUUACUUACGUUAUCCUAUGCUGCCCUGCUAAACUGUGGUCCCUUGAUGGUGAGGCCCUCGACCUAGCCACUCUGGUUGAAGAGGAGGUCUUUGCACAGACAGGAUGCUCCCAUAAGACCUGGCCCUACAUAGCCAGACCGAAGUGCGCUAACUGCGCCAGCCCCUUCCAAGCCAACCAUAAGGACUGCCCAGCAAGGCCCUUAGUGGUUAACAGCUCCCCCACCCUCCCAGGUCGGAAGGAACUCUCCCAGAUCCGUAAAGCUGGGCAGAAGGCCUAUGAGGCCCUCUAUCAGAGCAGUCAGGCCGGCACCCACGCCCGCAGCACCCAGCAACCUAGCAACAGCCUGACAAGCCCUCAGCCUGGCUCUAAGCGACCAUGA